CUGUGUGUCAAAUGUCAAAUAUUCUAGUUCUGCGACGAAUGUCUUCUUGUCUUCUCUAAUUUUAAAUUAAAUCUCGACCUUUGGGCACUUCAGUUCCGCAUACCUCCCACCUGCAUUUCGUUUCCUUCUCCUACUUAUUUUAUAUCUAAGAUCCAUCCAAUCAUAGAUCUGUGAAUCCAAUCAUAUGUGAAUCCAAUCAAAACCAAUCCAAUCAUUGAAUCGGCUCCAUUUGUUUUAACCUCAAAAAAUAAACGCAUGCGUAGCGAAGCCUUUAAAAUUUAAAACUUGUUUGGGUGUGAAAAAAUGGUGAGGAAUGUUGUUGUAAGGAUAUAUUCCUAUUAUUCGUAUCAACAUUCUAUAUAAUUUUAAUUUUCCGGUGUUGAACAAGAACAAGUAAAUGAUAGACUAUUAUAGUUCGUUAAUAAGUUAAAAAGUGUUUGUUUUGAAGUUUACCAAUUUUUUUAUUUAAUAUUUUUUGUAAGUUUUUUUAUUCCGUUUACAAAAUGAAUAAAGAAGCACCGAAAACUAUACUGGAAAUGAGCAGUUGCGAAUCCACAAUGGAAAUUGUUAUGAAAAACAUUUAUACUUCUUGUGACCCACAUAAUUUGAAUGAAGUCCGGACUUUUGAAAUAAUAGAUUUCAUAAGACCUUAUAUGCUUGAAGACCUCUCGGCUUUAGAAACUUUAAGAAUUAUGUUAGAUCCAUAUAGCAAAAACGAAUGUAUAGAUGGCGAAAAGUUUUACAAAGUUAUGAACGAAUGGGCGAAAAAGAUCGCCAGCAACAGCGAAGAAGAAAACAGUGACGGAGAAUUCAAUCAAUCGGCUAGUCAACUAAAUGAUAUUGAUGAAAAAAUACUCCCUUACACGCAGUCAACACCUAGGGCGAGUUUUGGUCAAAAACUUCUCAGUUGUCAAGACCUACUUAACCUGUCAAACGUGUCACAUUACAAUUUAUCACCUACCAGACAAACCAAAGAUAAUAGUAUAGUUGGACAAGAGAAAACGAUAUUAGAAGAAGAAUUAAAACAGUUAAAAUACGAAUUGAACAAAGUUUUGGGAGAAAUGGGUAUGCUAAAAGUACAGCUGGCUUAUUCAGAAGAGCAAAACGAAAAUUUACAUGAUGAAUUAGAAAAACUUAAAACCCGUUUACAAAGUGAACCUCAAGUAAAUGGACAUUUGGAAGAAAAUAAGAAUUGCAUAGAAGACGUAAAAGAUGAAGUGAAUUUAGGGAAAAAGCGAAUAGAAGAACUCAACAAAAAGCUAAUACUAUUCGAAAAAGAGAACAGCCAUUUAAAUAUGUACCUUCAAAAAUUAGAAAAAGAGAAUACUGAACUCGGAGACCGUUGCCAACAUCUCACCAAAACGGAACAGCUUUUAAAAACACAACUUAUCGAUAUGAAGACUGAGCUCGAUAUGAAAGAGCACGAAUUAACGUCGGUAUCAAAAAUAAAUGAAGAUUUACGGAAAAAAUUGCAUGAGACUAAGAACGAAGUGGAUCAGUUAUUAAAUGAAAAUGAGUUACUGGACUCCAAAAAACAGGGCCUGGAAAAAAUUCUGACUUCAAGACGAUACUCGUUAUCAUCUCACUACAACACCUGCCUGGACGAAAUGAGCAGUUUCUUUUCCCGAGAUCAAGGAAGCGAAGCGGAUGGUGUGGAGCCGUUGCCGCCGGAUUUCGUGUACGCGAACGGGCCGUUCGAAUCGCUGCAGACCGAGCUGUUUCAGGUUGAUCCUCAGUUCGACCACAAAUACAAAAAUGGAACCGACCUUGAAUACGAAGAACAGAUUACCACACUCAAAAAUGAAAUCGAAUCAUUGCAAAACAAAGUUCAAACUCUCGUAACAGAAAACAAAAUACUCAGUAAUGACUCAAAAACCAGCGGCGACAAAUUAAUAGAUUUAGAUGAAAAAUUCAAGAAAAUUUUAUCGGAAAAACGGUCUUUAGAAGAGCGAAUUUCCAACAUACUAGAGAAUAAGACUGAAGAAAAUAGAUUAGAAGAUAAGUUAACGUUUAUUCAGGAUGAAUGUAACAAACUGAAAUCCGAACUGGUCAGAAAAGACAAAGAAAUCCAAGAUAUUAAAAAUAAGUUCGAUUUUGAAUCGGCUUACAAAAGCCUUGAAGGCGAAUAUGGCAGGAAAAUUUCUCUAAUUGACGAAUUACAUCGUCAAAAGGAUGAAGACAAUGAUGCCAUAUUAAACUUAACCAAUGUCAAUAAUAAUUUAAAGAAAUCUUUAAAAGAUUGUAAAGAAGAGAUUCAAGAAACCAAAGAGAAGCUAAAAAGUAGAGAAAAGCUCAAUUCGAACAUCGAACAAACUGCCAAUAAAGUCCAAUUACACGUCGAAGGAAAAUCCUCAAUAAUGUCGGAACUACAAAAGUUGAAUAACGAUUUCAAAUACAAAAUAGACAAAUUGGAAAAAGAUGCAGAGGAUAAAAUGAAACAACUCGGCCAUUUGAAAGACAUCCUCAAACGCGAAGAAGUCAUCAAGAACAAAAUGUGGAGCGACAAUCGAGAUUUAACCAGCAGUUUAAACGUUCUAACCGAGGAUUACCAGAAGUUGCUAAGCGAUAUUGGAGAGAACGAAAAUAUCAAAAAGGAAUUAAAGGAGGAUUACAACGUUAUGUUAUCUAAAUAUAACCAAGAAAUGGAGAAGAAUAGAAACCUUGUAUCGGAACUUAGUUCGCAUCAAAAAGAUUUAACUGACAUCAGCUCGAAGUACCAUGAACUCAAUACAAACUAUCACGUAUUGGUUAACAACAAUCUACACGUUCUCGAAGAGCUUUCUUUGCUGAAAAGUGAAACCGAAUGCAUCAAAGAUCACCACAAAUUGUACAAAGACGAACUAAACAAAUCGCUACACGAGUACCAAAACGCUUUACAACUAUUAAGUUCCAAACUUAAAGAUCUCGAGUUCGAAAAUAACAUACUCAGAACCGAUUUGAGUAUUGAAAAACAGAAAUUCAGUAAACAAGCCGUUUGCGAUGAUAAAAUCAAAGCGGCCGAAUACGAAGAUAGCGGUUUUAAAUGCGACAUCGAAUCAGAAACGUCAUCGGAAUCAAGUUUGAUGUCGUCUAACUACGAGAAAUCUGCUUUACCGACCAAGAAUCUCACCUUCGAGAAGCAGAAAUUGACGAUCGAUCGCUUGCGAGAGAAAUUAGACGAUCUAGAAACGAAUCUACUGAACGAAAGAUCCAAAAAUGACAUACUUAAAGAGAGAUUGAGCACCAAAGAGGACGAAUUGCGCGAAGGUAAGGUUAGAAUUAGUACCGAAAAAAACAGUUUGCAAUCGGUUAUUAACGAUUUAAAAGAUAAAUUAGCGCAACAGGAAGAUUAUUAUAAACAUUUAUGUAACGCGUCGAACGAUAAAAUCAAAGAGUUAUCCAUAAAACUGUCUCAAUAUGACGAAUUACACAAAAACCUUUUAUUAAAUCUAUCGCAAAAAGAAUCGCUGUUGCAAAGGAAUUUCGAAAUGUUCGAAUACAAUAAAAUCACCAUCGAAAAAUUAUCUAAAAGCGUACAAGAUUUCCAAAUUCAGCACAAAAAUAUGACGGGCGAUCUCAGAUUGAAGGAAAUCUCUUUAAAAAACGUCUCAUUGGAGAACCAGAAUCUCAAACAUUUCGCCGCCAGAUUGGAAAACCAACAGCUCCAACAGUCAGUCAAGUUGUCGUAUAUCGAAACGGCUUUGAAAAAUUGCGAGGGCGAUUUGUGUAAAAAGAGCGAGGAAUUGACGUCUUUGACUUUUCUUUUAUCAGAUAGAGAAGAAAGGAUCCGAUCUCUGACCGCAGCCGCGGAAGAAUACGAGCGAAGGUUGUCCGAUAGUAUCGUUGAACUGUCCGUCAAAGAUAGUACUUGUGUCAAUUUAGAGCUGGAGCUCAAAGAAUUGCAAAAUAAAUUGUCGCGGACAGAGAUUUGUCGGGAUAAGGCUCGAGCGGAUGUGAUUCGAAUGGAGGAAAAUGUCAAGUCUGUUGAGGUUGGUGCGGAAAUGAAUGCGGUGAAGGACGAAUCGACGUUCGAUCAGAUAUCCGGAUUCGUGGACGUCAUUUCCGAAUGCUGUAAUGAUCUCAACAUCGCAUUUACGAAAUUCAUGGAACAAUGGAAGAAUAGACUCGAACUGGAUCCCAAUUUUAGGAAAUUGCCAGCAUUGAAACUUUGCAGUUCUUUUGAGAUUGGUCACGUACUUUCUGUCAUCGUUGAUAACGUUAAAGUCGUUAUCUUAUUAUUCAAUAUAAUGUCUUCGAAUGAUCCAUCUACAAUGGGAGAGAAUGCAGAUUCCUAUGUAAAUUACCUUUCGAAUGCAAAGGUCGAAGUGAAUGAACCAAAAGUAAUCAGGAAAUUUACAUUAAGACCGUCUAAACUGGACGUAAGACCGGUAAGCCCGGAUUCGCCGGGUAUAGAGAUAGAUCCGCAAAAAAACGAAGAAUGGAAACCUGAAAAUGCCCAUAACAGCCCGGACAGUCAAAAUUGUAGAACGUUUGAAUUCGGCGACGAUGGAGAACAAAGUGGUCGUACCGUCUCGAGCACCCACUUACCGCUCCUUACUUUCGAUUUACAACUCCAAGACGCCUUUCCACAUUUAUCAGAUAGCUUUUUGGACAAAUUGGGGCUGCAUGAAACUAGUCCAAAAGUGAAACUAUCCAAAGACGAAACUGAAAGAUUAUUUACCACGUUUGCCAUACAAGUAGCGUUAGAUUCCAAGGACGUCAAAGAUAGGUUGCAAAAACAAAAGGACCUCUGUUCACAGGUGCACAGAAAAUUCGUUUAUUUACUGAAGGACAUAUCAGUACGUUUGAGAGAGCACAAAUGUAUCGGCGCUACUGAUUCUAUUAAUCCUGUUUUCGUGAUGUUAGAAGAUGUCAGGUACCAAAUGCAAGAAAUGAUGCAAACGGUUGGUCAAUUUGGCGUUUUGACAUGCGAAAAUCGGAUGACCAAAUGUUGGAAUUUAGUUACGAAUUAUAUGGCGAUUAUUAGGCAAAAUACCGAAUUUUGGAAAGAGCAAUCGUCUCCAAAUCGGCUAUUAUCGAAAGGAUUAAAGUCGCCAACAAAUUCUCCUGAAAAAGUAUUAUUAGAAAAAUGUCUGAAGUGUGAACACUUAAAAGCAUCUAAAGAUGACAAAAAAACCAAAGAAUAUUCAAGAUAUAGAGAUUUCGAAAAAUGAUAUCUCUUGUCGCCAGUAGUGGGACUUAGAAGCUGUUAUUCGAGAUUCACACGCGCCUUAGUCUGGUUAUCAUAUGUUCCGCUGUUGUUCUUCGUUGGGAUGAUCUUGGUCCACUUUCAGUGCAAAAUGAACACGGUGAACAAAGUUUGUCCAAUGGAUGACUUUAUAAAAGUCUUAUCGCAGACGGUCGGCAAUCCUCCAUACUAGUUUUUCGCAUGAUGCGUUUUUUUAUUUUAUUUGUUUGAGUUUGUGUUAUUUCCAUUUAAAAAUUAAAGUUACUUAGCAGUGCCAUGACUAAACGUUGUUUUAUU